UGUCCCAGGGGCCUCGGCGUGGCACGUGUGGGACCGGGAGGACACGAUCUCCCCUGUUCUCAGGCGUUGUGGUGUUGGGCACCACGAGUUUGAUGCUAUUUUAUUCAUAGGGGUUUACUUUCCUGAAAGGAUCCCUGUGCCGAGGGGUCACCACUCGCCCCGGGGGCUGCAGGAUGGAGUGCCCAGGCACUGGGCUUAGCAAAGGUGGGAGGAGGGGUUGAUGACAAGUCCAGGACUCUUCCCAAGGGUUGGCCAAGGUCAGCACUGUUGUCACUGUGUUCGAUCUGGGCCUGGCCUUGACCCCUGGGCAGAGCUCUGGGCUCCAGGUUAAUGAGCAAACAGAGGCCAGGGGUCCUGUGCACGUGGGGAGGUGAGAGCAGAGCCUGGCCCCGGUGUGGGAUGGCGCUGGCAGGACAUGGGACAGCUGUCACCUGGUGGAGUGGUGUGACCUGGAGCCACACCCUGCCCAGGAAUCGCAGGAGUCACCGUGCAGGGACGUGGUUAUGUGUAAGGAGGUUUGGGGGAGUGGAGGUGGCUCUGGCCACUCUGACUGUGCCGCAGCUCCCACGGGCGUGGCAGGAGGAUGGGCAGCCAGUGUCCCCUGUAUGAUUUUUGCCCAGCCAGUGCCAGGACCUUCACCCCCUUGGAGCCACACAGGGGUGUCAGCAGGGCCUCUGUGGCUCUCACCCAUACCCUGAGAGUAGAGGGGUUGAGUCCCUCUGCAGGAGGAGCAGAUGGGGAGGCUGCUCAGCGAUACUGUCCCCAACCCUGCUCAGAUAAAGAGGGGAGGGGGGGGUGCUGCACAUACCUGCUGCCAGCACUGCCCAGGGUAAGCCUGCCACGGGUGUUGCAGGGGAGAAACUGGCUUCCACAGGAAGGGACCAAACAGCAGCCAAGUUGGCAAGUGAGAUUUAUUGAACACGGGGCGAACCCAAAGGCAGCGGGACCAGAUUUCAGCAGGACACACCCAGGGCCUUCAGGAGGGCAAGCCACGAACCCUCGAGUGAGGAGAAGCCCCUGCCCCUCACAUCCAGGUGUCUGUUCCUCCUCCCUCAGUGUUCUCAGGGAGCUCGAGGGACCUGCAGGACUCAAAAGUACCUCUGUGUCCUACAGGUGGGCUGUUUCUGGGCUGUGUCCCAUCCACACCCCACGGGACGUCCCCAGGCGAGAGGAAGGAGGACAGCGCGUCGAGUCCCUCCGAGGAGUCCCACCGAGCCCUGGCUCAUCGAGGAGCCAUCAGGAGGACCCACAACACCCCCAAAAGGGCCUGGGGCAGGGACUCCAAGAGAGAAGCACAGCAAGGGCUUGGCUCAAAUCAUUCCUGCUCGUCUCUGCCCGGAUUCCUGCAGCCAUGGGGACCUCCUGCUUCAAGUGGGCAGCACAGCACUGGGAACACUUCAACCUGGAGAGCUCUAAGGUCCUGGUCCUUCCUAUCUUGGAGGCAGUCAGAGGUGGAUAUUCCAUGUGUUGGAUGCACAUUUUGGAGCCAGCUGGGACAGAUGCAAGAUCUUGAUGAGGAAAAAUCCAUAGCUGUCCACUGAGGAAAUCCUGGCUCUCUCCUGUUCCCAUCUCAGAGCAAACCAUGCAGAGAGUCAGACCCUUCAUUCUUCAUGGAAUCAUCUUUAUUUAACCCUUAAUAUAAAAUAAUUUCAUUUUCAGGUGAGGGAAAUUCUGAUAGAAGUCAAAAAUCAGGUUCAGCAGGGAAAAAAAAGUUUCACAUUGUUAUCAUUUCUCAAUAAAAAUUAUUCUGAACCA